AUGUCAUCUGCGACGCCUGAAGUGCAACGAGAUGAACUUGAUGCAUUAACGAGUAUUCUUGAUGAAACAGCAUUUGAAAUAGAACAACAAACUGAAACAACACAUGGUACUCUUGUCAUUGAAGUAUCAUUACCAGAUGAAUUUUAUAUCGAAUAUCAUACAAAUCAACGUCGUCGUGUAGAAUAUUUACCACCAAUCUAUCUUCGUUUUACUUUACCAAAUGAUUAUCCAUCUGUAUCAUCACCAUCUUUCGAAUUGGAAUGUAUAUGGAUGAGUAGCGAACAGUUACAAAUCUUGUCAGAAAAUCUAAAGAAUAUGUGGUUGGAUAAUAGUAACGAACCAAUUUUAUUUCUUUGGUAUACAUCAUUGAAUACACAAGCACUUGAAUGGCUUAAUAUAACGACAAAACUUGAUUUAACAUUAUCAUUUUCUUCGACAGUAUCUAAGUCAAUAAAACCACAAUUAACUUCAACGCAAGUUGCAGCAGUCAUUCAUGAUUAUGAACGUGAGAGAAAAACAAUUCUUCUUUCACGUUCUGUAAUAACAUGUCCUAUAUGUGUUAAUGAUGUUUAUGGUCAUGAUUGUUUUCUCUGUUAUGUAUGUUCAGGUACAGCAUGUAAAUCAUGUAUUAAAUCAUAUCUUGAAACAAUAAUUACUGAUGGACAAGUUAAAUCUAUAACAUGUCCAGUAAAUCCAACAUGUAAUAUUGAAUUAACACCAACUCAAAUAGCAUCAGUUGUUGAUAAACAAACAUUUCAUCGUUAUGAUCGUCUUUUAUUUCAAUUAUCAAUUGAUGCUAUGGAUGAUAUUAUUUAUUGUCCACGUUGUCAAAAACCUGUUAUUAUAACUAACAACACUGAUAAUCAUUUAGAUAAUACAUUAGGUGAAUGUGCAACAUGUUCAUUUGUAUUUUGUACUUUGUGUGGAAGAACUUAUCAUGGAGUUAAUCCAUGUCAAUAUUCAGCACAUCAAUUACAAGAUAUUUACAAAGAUUAUCAAAAUGCAAGUGCAGAAGAACGAUUAGCACUUGAACAAAAAUAUGGUAAAUUUUUUAAUCGUUUUAUGGAUGAUAUGGCUUCUGUGGAAGCAAUUCGAGCUACUGCUCGACAAUGUCCUCAAUGUUCUAUUUUUGUUGAUAAAUUGGACGGUUGUAAUAAAAUGACAUGUAGUAAAUGUCAUUCAUAUUUUUGUUGGAUAUGUUUACGAUCAUUAUCCAAAACGAAUCCAUAUGGUCAUUUUAAUGAACCACAAAGUAAAUGUUUUAAUAAAUUAUUCGAAGGUGUAACAGGAAUGGACUGA